UCCGGCGCGCAGCGACCCGCCCAGGGUUCAAACAGCGACCAUGGCGGGAGCCCCGGGAUCGUUGGGCCCCGCGCCGCCGCCGCCGCCGCCUGAGGAGACGGCCGUCGCUCCCGAGGACCCGGCCCGGCGCCCCGCGGCACCCCGGGAGGACUUCCGGGUGCGCUGCAGCUCGAAGCGGGCGGUGGCGGACAUGCUGGCGCUGUGCGGCCGCCUGGUGCAGCAGCUCGGGGACGCGCUGCCGGAGGAGGUUCGGGAGCCGGCGCUGCGGGACGUGCAGUGGACUUUUGAGUCAGCCAUGCAAGAGAAUGUCAGUAUUAACGGACUAGCAUGGCAGGAAGCCUCCGACCAUUGCUUCAUGGAUUCUGAUAUUAAAUUGCUUGAAGAUAAGUUUGAUGAAAUCAUAGUAGAUGUCGCCACAAAGCGUAAGCACUACCCCAGAAAGAUCCUUGAAUGUGCCAUCAAAACCAUAAAAGCAAAACAGGAAAUUUUGAAGCGGUACCACCCUGUUGUGCAGUCACUGGACCUACAGUCUGACACCGACCCAGCCUCUCGAAUGGAAGAUUUGAAAUGCAGAGGAGAAACAGUAGCUAAGGAACUCAGCGACGCCAUGAAGUCCUUGCCUGCAUUCAUCGAACAAGGAGAAGGAUUUUCCCAAGUCUUAAAGAUGCAGCCUGUCAUCCACCUCCAGAGAAUCCACCAAGAAGUCUUCUCUGGUUGUUGUCAGAAGCCCGAUGCUCAAGCUGACAGCUCUCCGACACGAAUAGAGACAACGCCACCAGAGCCUUCUGCCAGGAAAGCCAGUGAGGUGGUGCUGAAAAGAAAGCGAAGUCAGGACUGCCCCCAGCGGAAAUGGUACCCUGUGCGGCCCAAGAGAAUCAAUCUGGAUUCAUAAGGUCUUUUUAUCUUGGGAGUUGAAAACGGGGACUCCGACUGAACUGACAAGUGACUCAGCGGGUGGCUCCUCUGUCCUGGACUGUAGCUCUCUGCUGGGGUGUGUCUUUCCUCCUCAUCUCAUUGAUGGCAGGUGGAAAGUGUGUUUCUGACUGUUGGCAGAAAGCCCCCCGACGGGCACUAGGAGUGCAAGCCUUCACUGUCUUUAAAUGCCAUCAACUCUUGGCUGCCUUGGCGCACUGAUGGGAUUUCACAAGUAGUGUUUCAGUUAGGUUUCUCAACAUGUGUCUUCCACAGGGGCGUGAAAAGAAGCGAAUGGGCCUGCCUUUGGAAGCCUGGGAGUCCACUGCCACACCGAGGCAGGUGCGGGCUUCCUCCUCCUCACGCACUGCGGUGUGUCCAUGAGUUCAUAGGAGAUGAAGCCUGGCUUUGGCUUAGCCUCCAAAGUCAGUGAGCUGGGAUUCGUGGGGUUAAUUUUAUAAUUUUGUUUGUUUGUUUUAUAAGGCAAGAAGGACAUUAUUUAUGCAAGACUUACUCUUAGAAAUAAAGAUUUGCACGCAGCCAGA